GUGUACAUUAAACACACGUUUUUUUAUUCACGAAUCUGUCUCACGAUCGAUUUAAUAGCAGUAAGUGUGCUAUUUAAAUACAAGCCAAGUUAUCAACUUUAUUUCAUUGGCUAAGCCAGCCAGGCUUUGAACGAUUUUCAAAUUUUAUACCACUUUCUCAAAGUGCUAUCGGAGAGAAGUAGAGUAUUGAGUAAUUUUUGAAACGUUUGACGAGAACCUAGAAGUCAACAAUCAGCCAGUCGCUCAUUUUGUCGCAGUUUUUUUACAACUGUCCCUUAUAUCGAAAGGGGGAACAUGUUAGUACUGAGAGAAACUACGGAAAGAGUUUGACGAGAGCCUAGAAGUAUCGAUUUAUCGUGAAUGACCUGGAGAUUCGUAGAACACGGAAGACUUCUUAUUCGGAAUGAUUUUUACAAAAAUUGAUCAAAGAAGGAAAGAUGACUACAAAAGAGAUGAAAAAUCUUAAAGAAAGAAAGUUGAUCAUCAUCGUCAUCGUCACAGGAUUCAUUUUUUCUCUAUUGACAUUUUUAUCAGUGGUAAAAUAUAUCACAAACUGUUCCAGCCAUGUAGAGGUUAACAGGAUUGACAAUUUUCUCAAAGACAUUACAGUAUUAAGAAGCAAAAGAAAUAUGGACAAUGAUAUUAAUGUAGAUAACAAAUUGGAUAGGUUUAGAUAUACCAAUGUCAAUACAGCUGAUGAUUUGAUUGGGUAUAUAGCUGUGGGACAGGGAUAUGAGCAUUGUAUGGAAUUAUAUUUCAUUCAUAGUAAUGAGGUGGAAAUCGAAGUUAAAAUAGAGUCUAAAACCAAUUUUGUUAAAAUGCAAGGAUUUUAUAGGGUUAAUAAUUUAACCAAGAUUUUUGAAUGUAAUAUACUGAAAAGAGCUUUUUGGACAUUAUUUGUAAAAGGUAAUGAUUCAACAAUUUGGUCUGGAGAUGUCAAUAAUGAUGUGAUAAGCUCUGGGAAAAUAUUUUAUCCAGUAGACCAGUAUUAUUAUCUUUUCAAAGUUUUGUACAAAUAUUAAAUCCAAAACAUUUAAAAAUAAUUGGAGAUAAAAAGGGAGACAUUGUAAGAAAAUGGGAUUUUAGAGUGAUAAGGAAGUUUGCUCAAUUACGAGUCAAAAUUAGCAUUACUGUGGUAGAUAUUAUUGUUCCAGAGAUAAAAGUGUCACCACAGUCUUUAAAAGUCAUUGAAGGUGAAGAUGGAUUGAAUUUGAUGUGUAGUACUCAGAUAUAUUUACCUCAAAAUUCAUUGUUAACUUGGAAAAGAAAUGGUGAAUUUCUGGGUAGUUUUUUCCACAGUACAACUAAUAUAAUUCACAAAGGAAUUUUUGGUAAUGUGAAUUGGAUCAAUGAUAAAUUUAUUUAUCAUCAAUCAGGUGUAUCUUUAAAUGAUACUGGUAUAUAUGAGUGCUGCAUAUUAAUAGAAGGCUAUCCCUUGAAAUGUGCUAAUGCAAGUAUAAUUGUCAUGUCCCCAGGGAAAACUCCAUGUGUUGGUAAAAACAGUGUUUUUACUAAUCCCUUCCAGAUUAACCAUUUACAAUCCAGAGCUCUAUUGAGAGAGGGAACAUUCGUCAUUAUAUUGUGGAAUUUUAAUAUUUCAGAAUGGAAAAUUUCUACAAGGUUUCCACAAUGUCAAAGACAUUUGGUUAAUAUGGAAUUGGGUAUUGAAAGAUGGUUUGGAAUCAAUAGUCAUAACAGAAAUAGACGUGGUAUUGUCGAAGGAGCCCUAGGGGGCAUAGGUAUAAUUGGCAGCAUUGCAAAUAGUAUGGAUAUUAACACGUUAAAAUCUGAUCUUGAGUCAGCAGGUUUAGUGGGAAGUAAAGGUUUUAAGAUCCAAAGAAACUUAAAUCAGAUAUUAGAAGAUAUGGUUAUUAAAACAGCCAAUGUAAUGGGUCCAUCCAUACUACAUCUUCAGAAUAUUACUCUCAAUUUAAUGACUAGUGAAGAACAUUCACAUAUUGCCAGAUUAUGUUUAGAAAUUCAAACAGAAUAUUCCACUAAUUUUAAAAUAAUUGCACAAGCUUUUCAGAGUGGAGUUACCCCUCUUGGUAUAUUGCAGAAUUUACCCAGAGAAUAUGCAUAUGCAAGAAAUCAUACUGAUUUAUGGGUAAAUAAAUGGUUAGGAUGUAGUCAGGAUGUAUGUUACAGUUCUUCUAUGAUUCCUAUAGCAGGGAGAGAACAAAUUUUGGUUCCAAUUACUGUUUUGGGAUUACCAAUUAGUGAUACUCAAUUAUUAUUUUAUAAAUUGCAGUAUACAGAUUUUGCGCUUAACAAGGAUAAUUUGGAAUUAGAACAAUUAGAUUUGUCAUCAUGUUUACAAUUUCAGUCUAAAGUUAUUUGUUUACCUAAUCAAGAUAAAAGGAUAUUUCAUUCUUGUUAUCAUAAUCAUAAUGGCUCUAGCUAAAGAAUUCAGGAAUGCAGAGAUAUCGUUUAAACAUGAGCAAGGGAAUUUGCAAGAGGUAGUUCAUCAAUGGUCCACUUUAACAGGUUCCAGCUGGUGGCAUCAAUUUAAAAAUAGUAUAUCUAUUUGGGGAAAAACUUCAAUUACUUCCGCAGCAGGAAAUAUUUUAUCACAUCCUAUAGUUAUUAUUUUUAUUAUUAUUAUGUUAUGCAUUAUAUAUCAAUUAUUUUUAAUGUUUAGAAUGAAAAAACUGUAUAAGAAAAUCAGAAAUGAAAUCAAGAAAGGUGACGAUAUGUUGCAAAAUAAGCUUAAAAGGAGAUUAGGUUUUGGAGUUGCAAACUCGAUGACAGGUGACAAUGCAUUUGGAGUUAUUAGAUCAAAGUCAGAGUGUUUGUGACAUAAAUGGGUGUAUAAAUGAUUAGGAAAUAUGGUCAUUAUUCAUAUUUCAGAGGGGAAUGUUAUAUUCUAAAAUCCCUUCCGGAAGGAUUUUAUAAAGAAUAUAUAUAUUCUUGUUAAUAUGAAUGAAUGUGAGACUGUUUGAGCUAUUAAUUUUCUUGUGUAAUUCGCUGAAAUCGAGAUUUGAAACUCCAAAAACGUAUAAGUUUGAAUAUGAAAUAUAUAUAUAUGUUCAUUUGAAAUGUUUAAUGUUUUAAGUAAAGAAUUGUAUUUGAUUGGAA